AAUAUGAUUGAUAAUGAAACCGUAAUAACUAUGUUUACUCUGUCAGGGUUAAAUGGCACAGCAAACUACAGAGUUGCUCUCUUUGCUCUCACUUUAUUGUGUUACAGUGUGAUUUGGCUGUUAAAUUUGACCAUUAUUGUGACAAUCAUUGUGAACAAAAGCCUUCAUGAACCCAUGUACAUCUUCCUCUGUAAUCUGUGCAUCAAUGGACUUUAUGGGACAACAGGCUUUUACCCCAAAUUCCUCAAUGAUCUUCUAUCUACUACUCAUGUCAUCUCUUAUGCUGGAUGCCUUCUGCAGGGUUUUGUGUUGCACUCUUCAGUUUCUGCUGAUUUCUCUCUUCUAGCUCUAAUGGCUUAUGACAGAUAUGUGGCUAUAUGUCGACCUCUGGUUUACCACUCUGUGAUGUCUAAACAAAGAGUUUGUGUAUUUGUGUUUUUUGCUUGGUUUCUACCCCUUUACUUGAUGUUCAUGAGCACAGUAACAACAUCUACAUCAAGGUUAUGCGGCUCACACAUCCCAAAGAUCUACUGUGUUAAUUAUUUCAUUGGUAAACUAGCUUGUACUGUCUCCAUAACAAACACUGUCAUUCCAGCUUUUAAUUACAUUUUUUAUUUUUGCCAUUUUAUUUUUAUUUUUUGGUCUUAUGUAUAUCUGAUCUCAACAUGCCUAACAUCCAAAGAGAACAGGACAAAGUUUAUGCAGACAUGUCUUCCACAUUUGUUCUGUUUACUUACUUUAAGUGUGUGUAUUCUUUUUGAUUUGUUGUACAUGCGAUCUGGCUCAGAAACGUUACCACAAAGUGCCCAGAAUUUUAUGGCAAUAGAAUUUCUUUUUUUCCCUCCAAUUAUCAAUCCCCUCAUAUAUGGUUUCAAACUGACACAAAUAAGAAAUAGAAUUAUACAGUUUUUGUGUGGUAAACGUCUCUAGACUAGUACAUUGUUAUCUAGUGUUUGUGUGUUUUUUGUAGUUAUGUCCAUUUGUGCAAUCACAAAAUGUAUAUCAUAAUCUUCAACACACGUAUGUAUUUUAAUCUCACAUAAAAGUUA